GCUUCAACGUGUCACAAAACGGGGCCGAUCCGUGGCAACUUCUAUUCGGUCAGUUUCCUUUUGCCCGCCCGCAGCAGCAGCAGCUCGAUUCCAAUGACCUCGACUCCUCCUCCUCCGAAGCGCGUCUUCCCCAAGAACGCCCGCUACCCCGACGAGUUCUUGCAGAAGAUCCCCAAGACGGACCUCCACUGCCACUUGGACGGCUGCAUUCGCCCUGCGACGCUCAUUGAGCUCGCGCAAGAACAAGGCGUCGAGCUCCCGACGUACGACCUCCAGCAAAUGAGCACGUGCAUCUUCAAGGAGACGUACAACAACCUCGAAGAGUACCUCCGCUGCUUCGCCUACACGUGCGCGGUCAUCCGCAACCCGGACGCUCUCGAGCGCGUCUCGUACGAGCUCGGCGUUGACCAGUACGCCGUCGGCGUCCGGUAUUUCGAGGCCCGCUUUGCGCCGCAGCUCCUCGCGGAUGCCAACACCAUGUCGAUCGAGCAGGUGCUCAUCCACGUCAACAACGGUCUCCAGCGCGCGACGGACGAGGCCAACGCGCACGAGGACGUGGUCUCUGGCAAGACGCCGCGCUACGGCUUUGGCAUCAUUGUCUGCGCCAUGCGCUUCUUCCUCCCCGUCUUUGGCCCGUACUACGAGCACUUUUGCUUUGUGCACAAGCACGAAGAGCCGCACCGUCUCUACGGCCUCGCGUCCAUGGCGCUCAUCACGCAGGCGUACGCAGCCAAGGUCGAGCACAACUUGCCGAUCGUCGCCUUGGACAUUGCGGGGGCCGAGAACGGGUUCCCGGCCUCGGACCACAUUGAAGCGUUUGCUUACGCUCACAAGAAGUUCAUGCACAAGACCGUCCACGCCGGCGAAGGCUUCGGCCCCGAGUCCAUCUUCCAGGCCAUUAUGGACCUCCACGCAGAGCGCAUCGGCCACGGGUACCACCUCUUCCACCCCGAAGAGAUCCGGAAGGACAUGUCGGACGAAGCCAAGAAAGCGUACUGCGAUGGCCUCGUCACGUACAUGGGCAACAUGCGCACGUGCGUCGAAGUGUGCUUGAGCUCCAACCUCCAGACCGUGCCUGCGAUCGAGAACGACUGCGCCCGCCACCCUGCGACGCAGAUGCUCAACAGCAAGCUCGCGGUGACGCUGUGCACGGACAACUGCACGGUCUCGCACACCGAUAUGUUCCGCGAGGUGCGCCUCGCGGUCGAUGCGCUCGACCUCACGCCGGCCGAGCUCCGCCGCGUCAUUGUCACGGGCUUCAAGCGCUCGUUCAUGCCUGGCGACUACACGGAGAAGCGCAAGUACGUCCGCGACGUCAUCAACUACUACGACGCGCUCGCCAAGGAGUACAACAUCGAGUAAACGCUGCAACAUAUACGAAAUUGAGAGUGAAUAGAACCCAGU